AUGACCACGAACCCUUCACACAUCUUAAUCGCGCGAAAUUCACGAGGGCCAAACAAUAUCAAUCCGUCGGCCUCUCUCAGUUCACCUACCGAAACCCAUGCAGCAGCGUCAGGUAUAUUCCGUUCCUCAGGGUCACCUCCGUGGUUGCUCGAAGAAUGCGAGACCGACGAUCUGGUCACUGAAUUGAGCUUGUAUGACUCUGAGGAAGGUAUAGAAAUCGAUGAAACGUUUACUCGCAAAGGAAGGUUCCCCGGAACCGUCAAGAUUGUGGUCGAAAGUACCACUUUCUGGGCACAUAAAGAGGUCCUUAUCUUUGCAUCACCCUUCUUUGAAGCUGCGUUGAGUGGCAGUUGGGCCGAAACGGGAAGACCGCAGUCAAUGUCCUCUGUCAUCACUAUCUCGCAGCCUCCCCCCAUUCCAGGGGAGAAAGGCAUUAUCGAGACGCCCACAGAGAUGACAUUCACACGCGAGGAUUCAUCUGAUACGGAGUCUCCUGUAGAAAUUGAAAACCCCCCGAGGAGUGAUACCGACAGUGGCCAAAGCAGCAGUGAGGAUGGCGAAGCUGACGGCAAAGCCAAUGCUCGCGACAACAGUCUUGCGAAGCUGCAGGGUGCAACCAAGAGUCGAGAGACUUUAUCAAGUCGCGACAUGAAAAGCAAGCAGAGAACGGACGAUAGACCGUCGAUCAGGCGAGGGUCUCAGACAGCACAUGCAACCGUCAAGCGGCGCCGGCGUACCAAUUGUCAUGACGCUGUCAUAGUACUCAAAGAGGAGAAAGCUAAUACCUUUCAUGAUUUCCUGAAGUUUGUCUACCCUCAUCUACAGUGCACUAUAACCUGGAAGAAUGUAGAAGGCCUCAUGAACAUCUCCCACAAGCUUUGUGUUCCGACGCUCCAGCAGGAAUGCCUCACUUUCCUCCUGACCCACGCCGCCGGAAAACCUAUAAAGGCCAUGCGGAUCGCAGAACUAUUUGAAGAAGAAGAGCUCUACCGCGAGUCAAGUCGCUUCGUACUCGAUAAUCCAGGUGGAUGGUCCGAAGAGGAGCUUAGCACUCUUACGCAAGAGACUCUACUGAAGCUAGAGAAACGGAGAAACUGGUUCCUUGAGCGGGUGCUUAAACUGGGAUUGACCCCACUUGCGAAGGAAUAUCAAUGCUGCACCACUUGCCCUGAUUCUGCGAUUUGUGCUCGUCUUCUCGAAGAAAAAUGGAGGCAGGCAUACAAUGCUGUUUUCCGUUUUGGUCCUUGUCAACCAUCUAUGGUAUAUCGCUAUUUGAGAAAUCUGGAGGGUGUUAGCCCGCCACUCGCGCUUACGCACCUUACAUGCCAAACGACAGCCAAAGCAUUCACCGCAACACGUGAUUUUGACAGGAUGUUCUCCCUAGGCAUCCGCAGUGAUGCCAGCGUUGCUCCACUCGGCGCACGUGUUGCUGCGGUAGCAGCUGCAGCCACUACUGGUCCUCGUCGUCACUUCCUCUUCUGUACCCUGAAACCCGAAAAGGCUGUCCCUCGCACCAGACGAUCUCGAGAAUUGCUCUAG